UUUCCAGUGCCUGCCGGGCGUGUUUAUGCACUAGAUUUACCAAUAACUCACAGCUCCAGCUGCCCUAGACUCGACAGCUUUAUUAUUUCGUGAUGGCGGCGAGUGCCAAACGAAAACAGGAGGAGAAACACUUGAAGAUGCUUCGGGAGAUGACCAGCCUGCCUCCCAAUAGGAAAUGUUUUGAUUGCGAUCAGCGCGGCCCGACCUACGCCAACAUGACAGUGGGCUCGUUUGUGUGCACCACCUGUUCCGGAAUACUACGAGGCCUCAACCCUCCACACAGAGUGAAGUCUAUCUCCAUGACAACUUUCACCCAACAGGAAAUCGAGUUCUUACAAAAACACAGCAAUGAGGUCUGCAAACACAUCUGGCUGGGGUUGUAUGAUGACAAGAGCUCCGUGGUCCCAGAUUUCCGUGAACCUCAGAAAGUCAAAGAGUUUCUUCAGGAGAAAUAUGAGAAGAAAAGAUGCAUGUUGUGUUUUGCUUUACGAGGCCUCAACCCUCCACACAGAGUGAAGUCUAUCUCCAUGACAACUUUCACCCAACAGGAAAUCGAGUUCUUACAAAAACACAGCAAUGAGGUCUGCAAACACAUCUGGCUGGGGUUGUAUGAUGACAAGAGCUCCCAGAUUUCCGUGAACCUCAGAAAGUCAAAGAGUUUCUUCAGGAGAAAUAUGAGAAGAAAAGAUGCAGAUGAAACAUGCUACUCCUCCUCUGGUCUCGUUUUAUUUAUUUUAGCCUCAUUUGGCACUGGCUCCAUGAGCAUGCCAGCUGGCUUUGGGAACACAACCAGUUACUGCCUGCCAACCAGUUUUAGUGGGACCUUCCAGCAGCAAUUCCCUGGCCAAGGUCCCUUUCCCCCACCUGCAGCCUACCACCAACAGCCCAAUGGGGGGUUUCCAGCCUACGGACAGGCCAAGCCUAUGGGCAACUAUGGGCAGGUGGUCACAGGACCUGGCAUCUCCAGCAACCCAUUCAUGGGCGGAGGCCCAGCGGGACCGUACCCCACAGGAGGUUCCUCCACAAACCCCUUUCUUUAAAGCGCUUUUUACGGCAUAUCUCAGCAGCAUCAUGCACACGUUCCACAUCACCAAUGCUCUAAAACAUUGUCUUCAAGAAUCUGAAAGUAUUCCGAUUUUGUAUUUACUGCACUGAGUCUUCGACAUUUCUAGAGAAAGAGCUGUGGAUACGCAGGUGACGGUCCUCCCCACCCAUCUGUGUAUUCUGGACAAAACUCCACGAUUGUCCCGCCUCAUUUAUGCCUUCAACUCAAUAAGUAAUGGUUUAUGCCUAGAAAGUAAGCUCCUUGUGCAUAUCAGCAUUUGUAAUCCUUUUAAAAACAUGUUAUUCACAAAGAGAAACUGUGACAGAACAGCAGAACACAAUGGUGUCUAGGGAUGCUGUGAUUAGCUGUACAAACAACUUCAGUUUGUCCUUAGCACCAGCUCUAGCAGAAACGUUUCAUUCUGUUGAGGC